UUCAGAUGCCCAAAAAUGAAGAAGAAUGGAAAAUUAUUGCUACGGAAUUUUUUUGAAAUGUGGAAUUUUCCGAAUUGUCUUGGUGCUAUUGAUGGCAAACACAUCAACAUUAAAAGACCACCACAUUCAGGAGCUUAUUAUUUCAACUACAAGAAAACAUAUAGCAUUGUACUGAUGGCACUUGUCAAUGCAAAAUAUAAAUUUACAAUGGUCGAAGUUGGAGCUAAUGGAAGAGUGUCUGAUGGUGGGGUUUAUGGAAACUCAAAUUUUGCAGUUAUGCAUGAAGAGAGAAAGUUAAAAAUUCCUCCCCCAGUUAAACCACCUGGUUUUGACAAAGAGCUGCCGUUUGUUUUUGUAGCAGAUGACGCUUUUGCACUGCAUGCAAAUUUUAUGAAGCCAUAUAGCCACAGAGGAUUGACACACCAGCAGCUACAGUACAACUACCGAGUAUCACGAGCAAGACGGGUUGUGGAAAAUGCGUUUGGAAUCAUAUCUUCAAGAUUUCGUAUUUUGCUGACAACCAUAAAUUUAUCCCCAGAAAAAUGCUCAAAAAUUGUACUUGCGAUAUGUUAUUUGCAUAAUUUUUUAAGUAAACGAAGUAGCGCUUCAUAUCUUCGCCGAAUAGAAGAGAAUGAUAAGCAAUUUAUUGAAAUGACAGAAUUACAAAAUACCACAAGCCGAAACUAUUCCAACAACGCCAAGGAAAUUCGAAACAUAUUUUGUGAAUUCAAUACAACUUCAUUCAAUAGUGUCGGUUCAUUGGAAAAUUAACUUUAUAAA